CCAGAUCAGUUUGUCACCACCCAGGCUCCCUUGCCUUUGGCUGGGUGCAACUUCCAUUUUAGGUGUUGGAUCUGAGGGGAAAAAGAGAGAGAGGGGGAAAGGGAGAGAGAGAGAGCAAUAGGGAGAGAAGAAAGGGGGAGAGAGAGAGCGAGAGAGAGAGAGAGAGAGAGAGAGAGAGAGAGAGAGAGAGAGAGAGAGAGAGAGACAGACGCGGAGAGAGAGGGAAGGAGGCAGGAAAGAUCCUGAAACGAGGAAGAGGAAGAGGUGGCGAACCUCGCUGGAUUUGUCUUUCUCAGCACAUUGGCGAAGCUUUGGGUUUGUUUCCUGAAGGACUGGCUUUAGAAGUCCACAUUUGAGUGUGAAGUGAGGGGACCUACUCCCUCCUUUCUGCUCCCUUUGUGGUCCAUCUUACUUUUUAUCCUGCCCUGCGGGGGCUCCUCCCCUUACCUUCAUGGACGACUCAGAGGUGGAGUCGACCGCCAGCAUCUUGGCCUCUGUGAAGGAACAAGAGGCCCAGUUUGAGAAGCUGACCCGGGCGCUGGAGGAGGAACGGCGCCAUGUCUCGGCGCAGCUGGAACGCGUCCGGGUCUCACCACAAGAUGCCAACUCACUCAUGGCCAACGGCACCCUCACCCGUCGGCAUCAGAACGGCCGCCUGGUGGGCGAUGCUGACCUUGAGAGACAGACAUUUUCAGAUUUGAAGCUCAACGGACCCCAGGAUCACAACCACCUUCUGUAUAGCACUGUCUCCAGGAUGCAGGAGCCAGGCCAGAUUGUGGAGACCUACACAGAGGAGGACCCUGAAGGAGCCAUGUCUGUUGUUUCUGUGGAGACCUCAGAUGACGGGACCACUAGGCGCACGGAGACCACCGUCAAGAAAGUUGUGAAGACGGUGACAACGCGGACAGUACAGCCAGUCCCCAUGGGGCCAGAUGGGCUGUCUGUGGACCCCUCAGCAGUCUCCAACAACUAUAUCCAGACUUUGGGCCGCGACUUCCGCAAGAACGGCACUGGGGGCCCUGGUCCCUACGUGGGCCAGGCAGGCACGGCGACUCUCCCCAGGAACUUCCACUAUCCUCCAGAUGGAUACGGCCGGCACUACGAGGAUGGCUAUCCAGGUGGCAGCGACAACUAUGGCAGUCUGUCCCGGGUGACCAGAAUUGAGGAGCGGUAUAGGCCCAGCAUGGAAGGCUACCGGGCACCCAGUAGACAAGAUGUCUAUGGGCCCCAGCCCCAGGUUCGAGUAGGCGGGAGCAGUGUGGAUCUGCAUCGCUUUCAUCCGGAGCCUUAUGGGUUAGAGGAUGACCAGCGCAGCAUGGGCUAUGAUGACCUUGAUUAUGGCAUGAUGUCUGAUUAUGGCACUGCCCGUCGGACAGGAACACCCUCGGACCCCCGCCGACGCCUCAGGAGUUACGAAGACAUGAUUGGUGAGGAGGUGCCUCCUGAUCAGUACUACUGGGCUCCUUUGGCUCAACAUGAGCGGGGAAGUUUAGCAAGCUUGGAUAGUCUGCGCAAGGGAAUGCCCCCACCUCCAAACUGGAGACAGCCAGAGCUGCCAGAGGUGAUUGCCAUGCUGGGCUUCCGCUUGGAUGCUGUGAAGUCCAAUGCAGCUGCAUACCUGCAGCACCUAUGCUAUCGCAAUGACAAGGUGAAGACUGACGUGCGGAAGCUCAAAGGGAUCCCUGUGUUGGUAGGGUUGCUAGAUCAUCCCAAAAAGGAAGUGCACCUGGGAGCCUGUGGAGCUCUCAAGAAUAUCUCUUUCGGACGUGACCAAGAUAACAAGAUUGCCAUCAAAAACUGUGAUGGCGUUCCUGCCCUGGUUCGACUGCUCCGAAAGGCUCGUGAUAUGGACCUCACUGAAGUCAUUACUGGAACCCUGUGGAAUCUCUCAUCCCAUGAUUCAAUCAAAAUGGAGAUUGUGGACCAUGCACUACAUGCCUUGACAGAUGAAGUGAUCAUUCCACAUUCUGGUUGGGAGAGAGAGCCUAAUGAAGACUGUAAGCCACGGCAUAUUGAGUGGGAGUCAGUGCUCACCAACACUGCUGGCUGCCUUCGAAAUGUAAGCUCAGAGAGAAGUGAAGCUCGCCGGAAACUUCGGGAAUGUGAUGGCUUAGUUGAUGCCCUCAUUUUCAUUGUUCAGGCAGAAAUUGGGCAGAAAGAUUCAGACAGCAAGCUCGUGGAGAACUGUGUCUGCCUUCUUCGGAACUUAUCAUAUCAAGUUCAUCGUGAAAUCCCACAGGCAGAGCGUUACCAAGAGGCACUUCCUAGUGUAGCUAACAAUGCCGGGCCACAUGCUGCCAGUUGCUUUGGGGCCAAGAAGGGUAAAGAUGAGUGGUUCUCCAGAGGGAAAAAGCCCGCAGAGGACCCAGUAAGUGAUACAGUGGAUUUCCCCAAAAGAACCAGUCCUGCUCGAGGCUAUGAACUCUUAUUUCAGCCAGAAGUGGUGCGGAUAUACAUCUCACUCCUUAAGGAGAGCAAGACGCCUGCCAUCCUAGAAGCCUCGGCUGGAGCUAUCCAGAAUUUGUGUGCUGGGCGCUGGACAUAUGGUCGAUACAUCCGUUCUGCUCUUCGUCAAGAGAAGGCUCUCUCUGCCAUAGCUGACCUCCUGACCAGUGAGCACGAGCGAGUAGUGAAAGCUGCGUCUGGGGCACUGAGAAAUCUGGCUGUGGAUGCCCGGAACAAAGAGUUAAUUGGCAAGCACGCUAUUCCUAACUUGGUAAAGAAUCUGCCUGGAGGUCAACAGAACUCCUCCUGGAAUUUCUCUGAAGACACUGUGGUCUCUGUGUUGAACACCAUCAAUGAAGUUAUUGCCGAGAACUUGGAAGCUGCCAAAAAGCUGCGAGAGACCCAGGGUAUCGAGAAGCUGGUGCUGAUCAACAAAUCAGGGAAUCGCUCAGAAAAAGAAGUCAGGGCAGCAGCUCUUGUCUUACAGACGAUCUGGGGCUAUAAGGAACUUCGGAAGCCGCUGGAGAAAGAAGGAUGGAAGAAAUCAGACUUCCAGGUGAAUCUAAACAAUGCAUCUAGAAGCCAGAGCAGCCAUUCAUAUGAUGAUAGCACUCUGCCCCUCAUUGACCGGAACCAAAAAUCAGAUAAGAAACCUGACCGGGAAGAAAUUCCAAUGAGCAGUAUGGGUUCAAACACAAAAUCAUUAGAUAACAACUACUCCACACUGAAUGAGAGAGGAGACCACAACAGAACACUGGACCGAUCUGGGGAUCUGGGUGAUCUGGAGCCAUUGAAGGGAGCACCCUUGAUGCAGGACGAGGGUCAGGAAUCUUUGGAGGAAGAGUUGGAUGUGUUGGUUUUGGAUGAUGAGGGGGACCAAGUGUCUUACUCCCCUAUGGUAGGUCCUCCAGUCACCCCUAAGAUGGUCCUGAGGAAGGAGGCUCCUGUGUGCCUGCUCUUUGCCAAUCAUGCUGAUCUGAUCAGGCCUGAGGCACUUGUCUGACUACAUGGGAGGCAGUGGUUCAGCUUCUGUGAUCAUGACCUCUUCAGAGGCUGGAAUGCAUCGGGUGGUCUGGUUCUCUGUUGUGUGCUGCUUUCCUGCCUCCAGAUUUGCCCAGCUGCCUCUCUUCUCCCUGGGUCUCCCUAUUCUCAACCUUAUUAACAGCCU